CUCCUCCUCCGCGCGGGCUCCGCCUCUCUUCCUGCGGCGGGUGAGAACUAACCGUUGGCGCUGGAACGCUGAAGUGAAGGUGAUGGCGGGGCUUCCGCCGUCUCUGUCGGGACAGGACGUAGGAUCGUUUGCAUAUCUUACAAUUAAAGACAGACUACCACAGAUCUUAACCAAGGCUAUUGAUACAUUGCAUCGACAUAAAAGUGAAUUUUUUGAGAAACAUGGAGAGAAAGGCAUGGAAGCUGAGAAGAAAGCUAUUUCUCUUCUUUCUAAAUUGCGGAAUGAAUCACAAACAGAUAAGCCAAUUAUACCCUUUGUUGAGAAGUUUGCUGAUACUGAUAUAUGGAAUCAGUACCUAGAAUAUCAACAGAGUCUUUUAAAUGAUACUGAUGAAAAACCAAGGUGGUUCUACUCUCCGUGGUUGUUUGUAGAAUGCUACGCGUAUCGUAGAAUUCAUGAAGCAGUUAUCCAGAGUCCACCAAUCGAUGAUUUCGAUGUAUUUAAAGAAGCAAAAGAACAAAACUUUUUUGAGUCACUGGAAUCCAUCACGGCUUUAUGUAUUCACCUGCAAGAGCUGAUGACAACCAUUGAAGACCUAGAAGAGAAUCAGCUGAAAAAUGAGUUUUUUAAACUGCUUCAGAUUUCACUGUGGGGAAAUAAGUGUGAUCUGUCUCUAUCAGGUGGAGAAACCAGUUCUCAGAAGACCAAUAUAAUAAAUACUUUGGAGGACUUAAAGCCUUUCAUUUUAGUGAAUGAUAUGGAACAUCUUUGGUCAUUGCUUAGCAAUUGCAAGAAAACAAGAGAAAAAGUAUCAGUUACUAGAGUGGAUAUUGUUCUGGAUAAUUCUGGGUUUGAACUUGUUACAGAUUUGGUAUUAGCUGACUUCUUGUUGUUUUCUAACCUAGCUACUGAAAUCCAUUUUUAUGGAAAAAUGAUUCCAUGGUUUGUUUCUGAUACUACUAUACAUGAUUUUAACUGGGUAAUUGAACAAGUAAAACAUUGUGAUCAUAAAUGGGUAUCCAAGUGUGGUGUUGACUGGGAAAACUAUGUUAAAAUGGGCAAGUGGGUUUAUCACGAUCAUAUAUUUUGGACGGGGCCUCAUGAAUUCUGUGCAAUGUUUCAUGUUGCUCCUGACUUAUAUGCUGAACUACAGAAGGCACAUUUAAUUUUAUUCAAGGGUGAUUUGAAUUAUAGGAAGUUGACAGGUGAUAGAAAAUGGGAGUUUACUGUUCCUUUCCAUCGGGCUUUGAACGGCUUUCAUCCUGCCCCUCUCUGCAGCAUACGAACAUUAAAAGCUGAGAUUCAGGUUGGGCUGCGGCCUGGGCAAGGGGAACAGCUCACAGCUUCUGAGCCCAACUGGCUGACCACAGGGAAGUAUGGAAUAUUUCAGUUUGAUGGUCCACUUUGACUUGGUUUAAGAACUGUGAGUUGUGUAGAAAGAUCUGACCGGCACAUUUCAUCCUCAGAAAAGCAGUGUGUGAAUUUAGUCACUUGGCUGAAUCGCAUUUGCUCUGAGAAGCUUGCCUUCUCAAGGUGCUCAGUUACAUACUCUGGAUCCUUUUUCCUUUGAACAUUUUGCCCCAUACAUUGUUUUGAGGAUAGGUAGAUUAAGCUAGUUAUAGAUAUUUACAUUUAUGUUGGAAUCUCAGUAAUUUAUUUCAAGUUAAAUGCAUAAUUUCAAGUGGUUUUCAUGAGCUUAUUUUUAAUUGGGCAGAAAGCAAAAUCUAAGUUAACUUUUUUUUUUUUUUAAUACUGUGCUGCAUGAUAUUUAAUAUCCUAGGAAGCAUGGGACUUUAUUUAACUUGAUUUGCGGCUCUAGAAACAAGGGCUCUGAAAACACCCAUCUUAAAUGCUGUUUGUAGAGAGAGGCCUUUCUCACAGCUGUGGUAUUUGAACACCUGAAAGUAAAACUUACCUCAGAAGUUGAUUAUAAUUUUGUUCUUAAGUUUCCUUUCAAUAGCCUGUCUUAUUUGCCUGCAUUUGUAUUUUGAUUGACCUUUGGAAAGGAUGGUAAGGAACACAAAAUUGAACAGAAUGAAAUAAAUGGUAUUUGAAGAAAAAUGUAAUACCUUUUACAUUCUCUUUGAAGAAAAAUGUAAUGUCUUUUACAUAGCAACUGAAAUGUAUUAUUUUAAUACAUGUUUUAAAUGAACAGAUUGUUAGAUUGGUUUGCAGUUUUAAAAAAUGCUUUGGAUAGAAAAGAUUCUUGAGCAUUGAAUCUGAAGUACUACCAGCAAGUUGAUUUAUUUUUUAUAUUCUUAUACAUUUAUUGGUGAUCACCAGAUGUUAAAAACAGUAAGUUUCAGGUCAGUUUGUUUUGAAACUGAAAUUGGAAAUGAACAUGGAAGUGUUUUCUUGCACUAGAAUAAUAAAAUGCAUUAUACUGAGAGUCACAUUGGUUUUAUUUCCAGUGGGGGAAAGUCAAGAAGGGAAGAUUUAAAAGGUGUAUAU